UGGCUCUGCGUAUAAAAUGAAUAAUUAUUUUUAUAUUUUAUUUGUAGAGAUGGGUGACGAUCAGCCGCCUGCGAAUAUCACAGACUAUACUAUCAAAUCUAUAGAAGAACAUGGCGACUACCCUGCCAUAUUGGUUGUUAUGUGUAUGCUGAGCCUAUUCAGCGUGGCCGGAACUGUUGGAAACGCCUUCGUGAUAUAUGUAUUCUCGAAACAGCGUGACAAGUCAACGUCCACCAUGUUCAUCAUCACUCUAGCAGCUACGGAUUUCUUCACGUGCCUAUGUAUCGUCCCUCAUACGAUUGUAUGGGAAUACAUGAGCAAGCGAAUGCAGUAUGACGCCAUAUGUAAAAUAUAUCACUUUCUCAUCACAUCUAAUGUUCCUUUUUCCUUCUUCAUCAUGGUAGCCAUUGCCUUUGACAGGUAUUUUAAGAUUUGUCGACCCUGGACCCAUGCCAUGGAUCCUCCAAUAGCCAAACGUGUAAUAGUGGGUCUGUUAAUCUUCGCAAUGUCCCUAGGUAUCAUACCAUUCUUUUCCUAUGGAAUAUAUGAACCUCGUGUUUCUGUCAAUGCGACAACAGACAAACUUGAUGGAUAUUCUGUGGUUAGUAGCGAUGCUUCACUUACUACAACACCUUUAAUCAAUUACUCGUCCUACGAGGCACAAAAACCAAAAUCGUCUAACAACAAGGACGAAUACCCACCCGCGUACUAUUAUGGGAUGUGUGUAGUUUCAGAACGAUAUAUCAGCACGGAGGUUAGAAUGUUUUAUCAGAAGAUCUACGCCUCGUUGUUUUUAAUCGCCUUUAUACUGGUCGCAAUUCUCUAUGGACUCAUUUUGAGAUCUUUGAUAACACGACGAGCUAAGAAACUACAAAAUUCAUUGUCAAAUGGCAACAGUUCUAAAUUGCCAGUCAACCAAACAUCGACGGCUAGUCAGACGUGUAUCAGCAGCUCCCGUUUUGUAACAAACGAGGAAAACAAGACGAUGGAUGAUACGUCAGAAUCUCUCAUGCCUCAGAAAAAGCCCCUCCAGUCCAGCAGGGACAGGGAGAGAGAGAAGAUCAAAAAUGUAAGGGAGAAACAAAGGAUAGCUAACAUCAAGACAGCUGGGAUUCUCUUCAUAGUCACGGCUGUGUUUAUUGCGGCGUUCCUGCCUGCCUGGUUGAUGGCUAUUCGUAUGAUUCCGGCUUACAUGAUUUUGUUUUAUAUGUAUUUCAGCUACAACGUAGCCAACCCAAUCAUUUAUGCUUUUUUCAAUCGCGCGUUUAGAGUGGAGAUGAAGAAUGUUAUACACUGUAAAAAGUCUUCGUCUUUUUGAAGAUAUCGAAUUAUCAGAAGGAAAUUACAACAUUGGAAUUGAUGUAAUUCUGUUUGAAUCGAAAGUACUCUUCUUAGUGGACUUGCUACUGUCCGAAUAUAUUUGGAUACCAACGAACAGAUAUGGAGACUCAUGGUGAACAAAACUGUGUGAUAAACCAUUAACAUCGAGUCAUGCACAGCUUUCUGCUCAGAUUUGUACGUAGGUAGAUUUGAAGCACUGUUGAUAUAUCACAGCCUUCUAGACUAUGUAUCUCUACGUGAAACAGGUUGAACCGUGAGGCACAUUACCUGAAUUCAAUUUAACAUUGGAUGACCAUCUUAUACCAAGGAUAUCUUCUUAAAGUAGUGUUUCAUCAUAUUAUUCAUAUUUACAUUUAAAUUAAUUCAAUGAAUUGUAAACUUCACAAAAAAUAUCAACAUCAUCAGCAAAGCACGUGUAAUAUCUAUAACUCGUGUUACUUUAAACAUUUAACACAUGAAAUAUAGAAUAUCUGAGAGCCACGCGUGUAUUAUAUAAUGCCCGAGAACCGCACAUGUAUGAUAUACUAUAUGAGAGCCAUAUCUGUAUUAUAGAAUGUCUGAGAGUCACACGUGUAUUAUAGAAUAUAUGACAGCCACACGUGUAUUAUAGAAUAUCUGAGAGCCAUGCGUGUGUUAUAGAAUAUCUGAGAGUCACACGUAUAGUAUAUAAUGCCCGAGAACCGCAGAUGUAUGAUAUAAUAUCUGAGAGCCAUACGUGUAUUAUAGAAUAUCUGAGAGCCAUACGUGUAUUACAGAAUAUCUGAGAGCCACACGUGUAUUAUAGAAUAUCUGAGAGCCAUACGUGAAUUAUAGAAUAUUUGAGAGUCACACGUGUAUUAUAGAAUAUCUGAGAGUCACACGUGUAUUAUAGAAUAUCUGAGAGCCAUACGUGUAUUAUAGAUAUCUGAGAGCCACACGUGUAUUAUAGAAUAUCUGAGAGCCAUACGUGAA